AUGUCGGUGAUGUCGCGUUCUUUUGACGCUGCUUUCGAGGAUUACUUAGCAGUAUACUACAAGAAAACCCAGAUCGAUGAAGAUUUCGAAAAAGAAAAUCUCGCCCUUGUCAACAUUUACCUCCAAUCGAACGCAAUCGAGACGUGGACUCAGCAAGAGGAAUACACUUUUUGGACUCUAGCAUGUGACAUCGGUGGCGCUCUUGGACUGUUCCUCGGUGCCUCGGUGGUUACGAUCACCGAGUUCGGAUACAUCAUCUUUCAGCAGUAUUGGCGAGUUGAUAGACAAAAGAAACGGUUAAAAUUACAAUAUUCAUUUGAA